AACCUCCCUUUUGCCAGUUGCCACUGGCUCCCCGCGUCAAAUGGCUGCUGCCUUUGCCAGCUCGUCCUCUUCUUCUUCCCUUCCAACAGGGCCUGUUGAUAUUACCGUUCUGCAAAGUGCGACUCGUGUUUUACAUGAACAAUUCGCCACAGAUAUUCAAAUUAUUCCCGACCUCGGCGAAACACUGAAUACCCAACCCCCAUCGUAUAGCAUCUUCGACGAUGACUUCCGUGUUCCUUUUCAAAAGAGAAAACUUGUGGGAAUUCCUGAUGCAUUGUUUCAGCAUUAUAGCAAUACAAAUGUCAAUACUCGCAUGGGCUUGAUGCCUGAAAUCGAACGUACAUGGAUCUCUGUCGAAAAUAAGUUGCUGCUAUGGGAUUACAUAGAGGGUAAUGAGAUAAGUUCAUUUGAAGACCAGCCCUACGUGAUCUCCAAUGUCGCACUUGUCAAACCCAAAAAGGGAUUGUUCAUCGAUGAAAUAUCCUAUCUGUUGGUGAUAUGCACACCAAUGACUGUCGUUCUAAUCGGAGUUGCUCUUUUUCUAGGAGCAAAACGGAAAACGCUCCAGUUAUAUGCCACUGACUUGACCGUGAACACCGACACACAAAUGUCAUCGGUCAUAGGCACUUCCGAUGGACGAAUAUUUAUGGCUGGGUCUCACGAUGGGAGUCUAUACGAGCUUCACUAUCAAGCUAUAGAGUCGUGGUUUGGAAAACGCGUUCAACUAAUCAAUCAUUCCGUUGGUGGCAUGCAAAGUCUCAUUCCCCGUUUUGUGUCGUCAAAUGUGGAAGAUCGUAUCGUUUCCCUUGUCUCUGAUGACGUCCGACGCUGUUUCUACACUCUUACAGAGAGAAACGCAAUCGCUGUUUACAAGCCGACCUCUGACAAAUCUUUGGAGCACGUUCAGACUUUAUCAGGCUUGUAUAAAUCUGUUCAGGAUAAGGCACUCGGUUCUCCUGCCGUCACACCUCAGAACUUCCGAAUAAUUGCCAUUCAUCCUGUCGACUUUUCGGAAUCUCGUUCUGGUAUCCAACUGGUCGCAAUAACAUCUACCGGUGUGCGGCUGUAUUUUGGUCCAGCAAUAGGUUAUGCACAUUCGUAUGGAGGUUAUUCAUCUACAAGCGGUGGCGUUCGUCCCCUUCAACUCCUCCAUGUGCGAUUACCUCCAACCGAUCUAUCACAUCCCGAUGAGCAGGAGCCAACUUCCCGACAACCAGUGGCAACGUAUAACACGGCACCGACACUUACCCAGCAACAAGUUCGCAUGUUUACCUUCACGGCUCUUGACGUCAGCUGUUAUGUUGAUGGGUUGACGGUGGCCGCUCAGGAAACAGAUGUUGAUGGAAAGGACUUUCUGCUAUGCAUGUCACCAGACCUGACGCGAAUCGGGAAUUUGGACCAGACAAUUAUGAAUGCCCAAUCUUCGCAGCGUGCGGGUGCUUCCAGUGGUAGCAACAGAGCGUCUUUGAGUGAAUAUGCCGCACUGUUAGCUAUUCCAGGGAGGACUUGGGCUAUGGCACCUGUUCCCCAAAGUUCACCAAAUUGGGAGACAGGUUUACCUGCACCGGUAGUCACGAACGAAUUGGCGUCACAGUUUGUCGAAAACCCUCGAGAAAUUAUGGUUCUCACCAAUGUUGGUCUGACUUUCCUGAUGAAGAGACGAGCGCUGGACUAUCUCAGGGCUGUUAUUGAGGAGGUGCAGUCAGAGGGCAACGUCCAACCCCUCGUUGAGUUCAGGAACAGUUUUGGGCGCAAUCAGACAUGUGCUAUGCUUCUUGGUCUAGCAAGCGACAACUCCUUUUUGGACACGACAGAGAGCACCUCUAACGUUGUCAUCCCUCCUGACAUUGCCGCUGUAGCCAAGCAAGCGUUCUAUGACUUUGGGGAGCGUCCUAUAUGGUCGGAGCGGACGGUCUAUAGCAACGAAGCUCAAGGAAAGGUUCUUUACAGUGGUCGUAGGGACGGUUUUGCUCUGUAUUUUGCACGCCUCGUCAGGCGAAUAUGGAAGUCGAAACUGACGCGUACAAGUGCUGCCGGUAUUCACGAACCGACUGUACCCGAAGCGGUUUUAGUCACUGUCCAGAGAAACUUGUAUUCACUGAAAGAUUUGUUGGAUAAGAAUCCUCAUCUAUUCCAUUCAUCGCCGGGUGAUUCGGCAGUUCGUGCCCCUGCAGCAGAGCAACAGGCUUGGAAGGCCGAACAAAGCUCAGUGGUCGAGCUCAUGUCACUGUUGACGCGCACCAUUGAAGCACUCUCGUUCAUUCUACUGCUAACUGACCACCGCAUCGGCGACCUCAUUACAAGAUGCGCAGCUGAUGUCCAGAGCAUGUUCAAAUCGCUAACAUUCGAAGACCUGAUAAUCACGCACAACGGAAUGACGGUAUCAAGAGCUUUGGUUAAUGUUGUUAUUGAUCAACAAAUCGGUCAACAACUGAGCGUGGAUACCAUAAGCGAGGUUCUGCAACAAAGAUGUGGUUCGUUCUGCAGCUCGGAUGACGUAAUGCUGUAUAAGGCGAAGGAAAACAUUCGGAAAGCUGUUGAAACUAAAAACCCCACGGAUAGAGACAACUGGCUGUCGGAAUCACUACGGUUAUACAUUAAAGGCGCUCGUAUAUUGGACCUCCAGAAAUUGAGGGAAAUUUGCGGCGAUUUCCAGCAAUUAACAUACGCGAAAGGAGCCGUUGACCUUCCGCUCGUGUGUGCAAACGUCUUUGAUGCGGAGAACAUCGGAUUGGAAUAUUGGGCUGCCGGUAUGCCCGCGAACGACGUGCGUAAAGAAUUCUAUGAAAGGCGGCUCCAUUGUUAUGAACUUGUCCUGGAUUCCUUGAACGUCUUCGAAGGAAGUUCGCAAGCUGCCAACUCGUUUUCCCGCGACGAUCAGGACACAGUAAGAAGUCAUGCAUAUGAAUAUGCCUUUACUAGUCGAGACGAAAUGUUCCACUCGACGUUAUAUGAUUGGCUAAUAGAUCGUGGUUUGGCGGAUGAUCUGUUGGAGAUUAGACCCACCUUCCUUGAAUCCCAUCUACGACGGGAGCCAGCGACUGUCAAGAAAUACCAACUUCUGUGGCAAUAUUACGUCAAAGACGGUCAACCACUGCGUGCUGCAGAAGUGCUUAGCGCGCUCGCUGAAUCCACCGAGUUCGAUCUCCAUCUGACUGAUAGACUGGAAUGCUUGACGCUUGCUGCUGGCAAUGCCAAGUCACAUCCCGUCUCUUCGGGAGGACGUCAUGAGACUGCCAUUGCGUUUCUGACCGAUCUCGAGGAACGACUGGAUGUCGCCCAGGUGCAGCUGGAUAUUUAUAAUUAUCUGCUCCCGCAUAUUGAGGAUGCUGAGGAGGUGGGGGAGAGAAUCAAGCAGCUCGACCAGCGCCUUUUUACGAUAUCUGAGCUGUAUCAAGACUACGCAAUACCAUUCGAUCUUGCCGACCUGAAGCUGCUUUGUAUACAUGUCUCAGAACAUCGCGACGAGAGCACCGUACGGCCGAUAUGGAUGCAGAUUUUCGAUGAAAUAAUCCAGGAAGUCGCAGAUGAGAACACUCAAGCGGAUCGGGUUAUGGCCAAAGUUGUAAAGUUGGGGCGUCGUUUCUUUCCCUCGGAAAGCGCAUUCCCUCUUCGCCUCAUGACAGACCUUCUCGUGCGCUUCUCCUUGGAACGAAAGGGAGUCCUUCCUUAUGGUUGGGCACCUCGAGUAUUGGUGCAAUGUGGCGUUCCGUUUAUCGAAAUAUGGGAGAUACUGAACGGGAUGUAUGAGUCUCAUAUACCUCCUUUCAAUUCCCAAGCAAAUGUUCAAGCAAUAUCCUCUGACAUCGCCGUAGUACUCGUCGAUUGGCUCGAAGAGGCGCGACGACCUAACUCGUCGGUUGGCCGGGGAGAAGUCCCUGUUGGACGCAUAGACGCCGUCGUUGACCAGUACUUGAAAGAGCUGAAUGUUGACAGGAAAGAAACGAAAAGUACAUAUGAGAAUGCCAAGCGUUUGCUCAGACGGAAUUGGUGAAGAGCCGUGGUUUGGUGAUAAUGAUUCAUACGUUGUUGUCACUUUUUAGUACAUAUAUAUAUGUAUGUAUAUAUAUAUAUAUAUACAUACAUACAUUAUAAGAGCUCGGCGAAUGCUUGGAUAUCAGUUGACUUCAAGUAUCGCAUCU